UAAAUUAGCUCUAGCCUGUAGCUCUUUCCAAGUGUCCGCACUUUCGGUCUUUUCAUACAGCGGAAAAUUAAACAAAACAAACAACUGCCUGGGAAAUUAUCUGACGAUCGCGUUGAUAUAUCCGCUCCUCUCCGUGUCAACAUGAGCGAUCCUUGGCAGGAAUGUAUGGAUUUCUGUUUGGAUGUCACAAAACGGGCAGGGAAGAUGAUCCGCGAGGCGCUCCAGAAGGACAUCGCCGUCAUGCAGAAGAGCUCGCCGGUUGACCUGGUGACCGAGACGGACCAGAAAGUGGAGCAGCUCAUUAUAUCGUCCCUAAGGGAGCGCUACCCAACGCACAGCUUCAUCGGCGAGGAGUCGGUAGCCGCCGGCGCCCCCAGCGUUCUCACCGACGACCCCACCUGGAUCAUCGACCCCAUCGACGGCACCACCAACUUUGUGCACAGGUUCCCCUUUGUGUCUGUAUCAAUCGGCUUCGCCGUGAAGAAAGAGAUAGAGUUUGGGAUCGUCUACAGCUGCGUCGAGGACAAGAUGUACACGGCGCGGAGGGGAAAGGGGGCUUUUUGCAACGGAGCCCCCAUCAAAGUCUCCGGACAGGAAGAUAUAAGCCAGUCUUUGGUGCUGACUGAAAUGGGUUUCAAGAAGGAACCUGAGCACUUCCAAACCAUGUUGGCCAACAUCAAGACCAUCCUCACCAUUCCUGUCCACGGGAUCCGCUCUCCGGGCAGCGCGGCCAUCAACAUGUGCCUGGUGGCGUCCGGUUCGGCCGACGCUUACUAUCACAUGGGCAUCCACUGCUGGGACAUGGCUGGAGGGGCGGCGGUCGUUACGGAAGCCGGAGGGGUUGUCAUCGACAUUUCAGGUGGGCCGUUCGAUCUGAUGUCUCGCCGGCUGAUUGCUGCCAGCAGCAGGACGAUAGCUGAACGCAUCGCCAAGGAGAUAGCAGAGUUUCCCGUCGGCAGGGACGACGCAGAAGGUCCGUAAACCUCGUCCGCCGCCCCUCCGCGGCCCGCUGAAAAGCCGCAUGAAAAAAACGCGCAGGUGUUUUUCGGCGUAACAGGUGUGGAGUCCGUCUUUGCCUGAAGAAGCAAAACAGAGUAACCCCUGCACAGCGGCAGGCGAGGUUGUUCAUCCUUCUGUAUGUCAGUGAUUCACAGAUUACGUUGUGGAGUUGUUUGUGUUGCAUUUUAUCCAAAUCACUCAGCCAUUUAAUUUUUUAUUUUUUUUUUUUGGGCAAAAAGGAACAAGAGAGAGGGAUUUUUAUUUGUGAAUGCCUCAAGGCUGCAUCAUUUCAGCCAAACUAAACUUGACCUCAAGGUUUAGCUAUAGAGCGCCCGCCACACACACACUGGCGCCCUGCUAGAGAUGUGGAAAACAGUUGUUUAGUUUAAGUUUAUUUAUUCAGCUUGGGGGAAUCAAGCAUAUAUAAAUUGAAUGUUAUUAAAUGUUUUAAACACAUACUUUAUACUGUUGCUGUUUAUGUUGGUCAUAGUAUCUAAAAACCUUUUGAUUAGCAAUUAAACUGUAUGUUUAGCUAAAUCUGGUAUGACAUAGAGGUCUAUUUCUCUUUAUACUCCAAGACAGGAAAGAGCGGGUGGCCAUUGGGUCUUUUUUUUUUUUACUAUGAUCAUGAUUCGCAACAGGACCAAAUCAGCACAGAAAUGCUCCAUUGGACACAAUUAUUGGUCAUUAGAUGAUGGAUUUUUUUCCUCCUCUGAAUAAAUGCACUCAAAUUAAAGGUUGGCUUUACCUAAACUGCUCAUUGUGGGAUUGUGCUACUUUGAUAAAUAGGUUUUAAUUUCAUGUAAUUUAAUGCUUUUUCACACAUCUUCACCAGGGUUGCUAAUACGUACAUUUAGGAGUUCCUUUGUCAUAAUUUGCGCUAUACACGAUUAACUAUGUGUAUAUAAGUAACUUCUGCACUGUCUGACUUGGUUAUUUGUCAAGUCUAGAAUAAAAAAAAGCUUGAACCAUG